AUGGGCGAGCUGGGAGAGCACGCUGAUGCCAUGUCUGCGUGCUUUGACUCCAUGCGCCCACUCAGCCACACCCUGGCUCGGCCAGUGGUGGAUGCGGCAGCUAAUGGAGGUGGGGCAGCAACACCAGGAGGAGGAGAUGAAGCAGCAGGAGGUGAGGCAGCAGCAGGAGGUGAGGCAGCAGCAGGAGGUGAGGCAGCAGCAGGAGGUGAGGCAGCAGGAGGAGGUGAGGCAGCAGGAGGUGGUGAGGCAGCAGCAGGAGGUGAGGCAGCAGGAGGAGGAGGAGGAGAUGGAGGGGCAGCAGCUCAUGCGGGGGCGGCAGUGGGUGAGGGAAUAGCAGCAGUUACAGGAGUGAGAGGAGGGGCGGCGGAAGCAUUGCAGCGAGUGGAGAGCAUGCUGGGAGACAGAGGGUUGGGAGCGGGGGCAGCAGGGGAAGCGGCAGCAGGGGAAGCGGCGGCAGGGGAAGCGGCAGCAGGGGAAGCGGCAGCAGGGGAAGCGGCGGCAGGGGAAGCGGCAGCAGGGGAAGCGGCAGCAGGGGAAGCAGCGGCAGGGGAAGCGGCAGCAGGGGAAGCGGCGGCAGGGGAAGCGGCGGCAGGGGAAGCGGCGGCAGGGGAAGCGGCGGCAGGGGAAGCGGCGGCAGGGGAAGCGGCGGCAGGGGAAGCGGCGGCAGGGGAAGCGGCGGCAGGGGAAGCGGCGGCAGGGGAAGCGGCGGCAGGGGAAGCGGCGGCAGGGGAAGCGGCGGCAGGGGAAGCGGCGGCAGGGGAAGCGGCGGCAGGGGAAGCGGCGGCAGGGGAAGCGGCGGCAGGGGAAGCGGCGGCAGGGGAAGCGGCGGCAGGGGAAGCGGCGGCAGGGGAAGCGGCGGCAGGGGAAGCGGCGGCAGGGGAAGCGGCAGCAGGGGAAGCGGCAGCACGGGUUGCGCAACCAAGCAGCGGAAAGUCAAGCUUGGAGCAUUCUGAAGGGUGCCAAGCAGCAGUCCCCGUGCAAGUGCGCUGCCCUCCGCUUGAGUCCCUGACCCUCCAAUCCCUCUCCUUUGCCUCGACUCCCCAUGCCCCCUGGCUGCCUCCCACCCUUUCUUCUGAGUCUCCCCGCAUGUACCUCUCCUCCCCCCACUCGCCACCAUCAGAUUCAUGUCACUCAUCCUCCUCUUCCCUCUCCCCCACCUCUUCCCGCUCCUCCUCUGCCCCGUGCCCAAGCGGUCAUCCAAUGUCCUUUGAGUCCCUUGCCCGGGCUGCAGUAUUCAGGCACCUCAAGCACCUCGCCUUGGAGUGCUGCGUGGGGCUGAAGGAGCAGGAAUGGCUGGAACUACUGGGAGCAUGCUCUAAGUUAGAGGAGCUAAGGGUGUUGGAAAAUAGUGAAAUCUCAGAUGCAGUGGUCGCGGGAAGCAGACUGGGAAAGCUCACUAGUUUGACUCUGCUCGAGUGUGGUAAGAUCACAGCAACUGGCAUUGGAGGGGUUCUCGGAAGCUUUCCGAGGUUGCGGUAUUUGAAGGUUGAAGUGGGGAAGGUCACGGAAAGAGCUCGGAGGGAGUUGCUUCGUGCUGGUGUGGUUGUGAGGGGGGUGUGA